CUGAGGGGUUCAGUAUUGCUCUCUUGCUCAGUAAAAUGGUUUCUGAAAAUCCAUGUGAGGUCUGAUAAUGGAAAUGCAGGUAGUGCCUCCAAACUAAUUUUCUUCUUUCCUUCUCUAUCUUUUACCUCAUAUGCCCUUUAUUUUCAGACUAGCAGCCCUAAUCUGAAUGCCAAUGAAAUGAAAACAAUGAUAGCUGAAAACCUCAUUCGUCUUACAUAUGCAAAUGUGUGUGUGCAAAGAGAAUUCUGUCUCUUUAACCAACAUAUUUUUCACAUCAGGCAAAAGGAGCAGAUGAAGAAGAACAACAGAGGAAAGGAUGUAUACGAGAGGCUCCUGUUCCAUGGAACCAGCAGUUCCUUUCUGGAAUCCAUAUGCACUCAGAAUUUUGACUGGAGAAUCUGCGGAGUCCAUGGAACCAGCUAUGGAAAAGGAAGUUACUUUGCAAGAGAUGCUAGUUAUUCCCACGCUUACAGUCAGUCUCCUACUACCAAAAUGAACAUGAUGUUUGUGGCACGGGUUCUGGUUGGAGAUUUCAUCAGAGGAAAUGCAACCUAUGUUCGUCCCCCAUCAAAAUCUACUAAUACGAUCAACUUAUAUGAUAGUUGUGUGGACAAAGAGUCUGAUCCCUCUAUUUUUGUCAUAUUUGAGAAGCAUCAGAUUUACCCAGAGUAUAUAAUAGAAUAUCACGAAGACAAAAAAUGUACUGUAUCUUAGAUAUAGGAAUGUACUAUGUCUUAGAUAAGGAAAGGAACAGUUUGCAUAUCUCAGCUAAUUGUUGAUAUUGUUAAGGGGGUUUUAUUUGGGUUUAUUUGUUAUACUGAUAAGGGUCUCAUUUUUAACAUUAACACUCUCCAACCAUUUUUGCAAAUAAUUUGGUACUUGAAGGAGGUUUGCAAGAUGAACAUCCUGCUUGUUAGAAGACUAAUCUUUUUCAUCAGGCCAUUAACAUUCAUCUAAUCAGAAAAUGUGAUUACAGGUAACAUGAACUGACAAAGUUAUGGGGACACGGUUGUUGAUUUUUAUGAUUCUUCUUUGGUUAGAAAUAAUUUUAAACAAACUUUAGUAAGUCAAUAUAUAAAGGACUUGGCUUUAGAAAUAACUACAAAUGCGAAGAAAACAACUGACUUUAGUGUAGCUCAUAAGCAAAUUUCUAAGUGUAUAGUUUUUUUAGAUUUGUACCGAUUAUAGUUCUUCAAGUAGGAAACCUUUAUAGAAGGGGCUCUUUAUUGUAGAUCUACAAUUUCUGAUUAUCUCUACUGUUAUUUCUAAGCAGUUUGAAGUACCUACUAUGUAAUGAACAUGGUCUAGAAUUUUCUCUCUUAGUGAUAUUUGUUAAAACAAUAACUUAGAAAAAUUAAGACUUUCCCUUUAAAUUGGUGUAAAGACUAGGUUUUAAAAUGUAGGAAUUUCUUAAACAUGCACCAGCAAUGUCAGUCUAAUGGUUGAUAUAGAAGACAAUCAGAUAAAAUUCUGUUUACCCUUCUGCUGUAGGCUUGUGCAGCUUUAUCUUUAGGUCAGGGUAAGACCAUUAUAGUAGGCAAUCUGGGAAAAGAAAAACGCUGGAAUUUUUUUCUCAGUUGCUAACGACUACAAGCAUAAAAUGAAAGGUAGCGUUGAAUUCAUUUGAAAACCUUGCUUGUAGUAUAUGUUGUUUUCCAUGUGUGGACAUGGGAAUGCUGUAGGACAGAAGUAAAAAGUUGUGUUAUACUGUUUUCUAUCCUACAGGACAAACGUAAAUUCUCGUUGAGCUGGAGAUGUCGCGUGACUUGCACAGAGAGAAUGUUUCUGAUGAUGUUCUCAAUCACUUGUGCAUUAGCAUAUGCUCUGUUGCCUAAACUUUGUUGUGUUUUGUGCGGCCCAUUCUACACUAAGAAAAUUGCCUACUGCUGACAGUGGUAGAGUGAUAAAUGGUUCUGAUCUUUCUUCAGGUAAACCACGUUUAAUGUCAGCAUUUGCAGGAAUGAGCAACUGUUUUAAUGGCAACUGAGCCUGUUUAGUUAACUGAUCUGCAGACUAAGAUGCUUGCAUUUCAGGGCUUCAAUGGAAACGAAGAUCAUAAAUUUCCAUCAACUUCUGUCACUUUUCUAAGUGCUGAUCUUUUCAGUUGAGACGUCAGUGAAUAUUUUUGGUGAGACUGAGAAAAAUCCUCCAGCUAGUGGGAGGGAAACAUAUCUACUAACGUUUUGGAAUGUGACUAAUUGAAGAUAAUCAUACUCUGCCAGAUUUUGGAGGGAAAAAUAGUUUUAUUUUUUCUGAAGUAUAAUUUGUUAAAUUACAUCCUAGGAAGGAGUAUUAGACAAAUUUCAAGUCUGAAGAUACAAACGUAAACUGUUUAGUUUAGCAAGUUCCCACGGGGGGAGGGGGGUGUAAGACUAGCAAAUCAUACUGCAAGAACUGUUCGAAGCAAUUAUACAUUUAAGUGUUUUUUCAAUAUAAUCUUAAAAUCAGAAAUAUUGGAUUUGGUAGUGGCAGUGGAUGGCUUUUUUACAUUCUUUUUCUUUUGUAGUCCAUCAUUGAAUUUCCAAAAUUAUCCUUAAACUUGCUACAGUAAAAAUUAAGUAUAUACUCAAUAUUCUUCUGUUGUUAGACAUGUAGCUUAAUAUGCCAUUAACAUAGUGGGCAAAUGACCAGGGUAUUAUUGGCAUUGUGUCGUGGCUCUUGUUCUUUUGCAUUCUGAAUCAAUGUCUAGCAUCGGCCAACUGCUCAUUAUGAAAGAUCAAGUCAAAUGACAGUUUUUGUACAGAAGUGGUCUGUAACUGAGCUUUGCAAUUACAAAGUGCCUGUAAUAAACUAGAUAUCAAAAAGUGUGGUUGGUUAUAUCAUUUUGUCAAUUAUGUGGAAUCUGAGAUCCUCCCUGCUAUCGGCUAGUUAAAGUAGUAAAAAGAGCAAAAGGUUUGUGGUUCUACUGUUCUAAAUGGGGAGGGGAUGGGUGGGUGCAAAUGUUCUGCCAAUGCUGGUUCAGAAUGUAACUUUCAUUCAGCUUGCACAAAUGAAAUAGCACCAAGAAGACUCCCAAUAAACAUGUAGAAGACAUUAUUUUUGUAAUCAACAUAGUGCAUUUUGUAAAUGGCACAGAUUUAUAAAGUACAAGUUAUGCCUGAUACUCAUUUUGACCAAAAAUACUACUUCAAAAAAUGUUCAAUUCAGGGGCUUAAAGACUUAACCACACUGGUAAAGAAGCCAUUGCAUAGUAAGCCUAUGCUGUGAAUUUACAGCACAAUAGCUGCUCCAUAGUCACUUGCCAUCUGUGUACUCUCAAUGGGCACAUCUACAUGUGCCAUUAGGGGGCAGCACUAAACUGUAGAGCUUAUUGUUCCAUAGUUUAUUGCUCCUGGGAAGCUCCAAGGCACCCGGUUUACACAUGCGCCUGGACUGCAGCACAUUGAGCUGAGUUGCAGCACCCCUGGCAGGCAGGGCUGCUCCUACUAGGCUCAUUGUGCUGCAGAGGGGCUGGCUGGAACCUGAGGGUGCUUCAGUGUGGGGCUAGCCAACAGGCACCCUUGUGCUCCAGCCAGCCAGCUCAGCAGCUACAUAUGCGCUGUUACACAUGAAAACCCUGCAGCAGGAUAGUACUUGUAUUUACAAGUCCUGCCCUGUUGUGGAGUUUUAGCUUCAUGCUCCCUAAUAGGGGUGCACGCGAGGCAUUUACUGUACAGCUAAUUAGUCAGCUGUGCAGUAAACGUCUUAAGAAUGCUUUUGUUUGGACAUGGUUUAUUUCACUUUGCAAUAAAGUGAAAUUUACUUUAUUUUACUAUGCACAUUUACUAUGGAGUAAACUGACUUUGCUCCACAAUAAAAGUGGAGCAGGCACAUGACUCACAGCCUUACCUGUUUAAGCCACUGCAGAGUACAGGCAGUCCUUGACUUACAACGUUUUGCACUUACAAUGUUUAUAAAUUGACACCCUGUUUCAACUUGAUGAUGUCAGUUUCUACUUACAAUGCUUGAUC